AUGUCGACCACGAGCGCGCCCAAGUUUCCGCAACCGUCCCAACCCUACCCUUUUAACACCCUCGACAAACCGACCAUGGCCAGCCGCCAAGAGGUCUUGCACGCGUACCGGCACCUGUACAAGGGUCUUCUGCGCGGAGUGCAGUACUCCAUCCCCGCGCGCUACAUUGUGCGCGACCAGAUCCGGCUCGCCUUUCGCCAGGGCGACGUCGACCCGGCGGCCACCACCUGGGAUGCCAGCGCAAUCAAGCGAACGCUCUGGUUCCUGUCGGCCGCGGGCCGGGAAAAGGGCCUGGAGCACCGCAUCCUGCGGAACCUGGGCGCUGUUUUGGGGCAAGAAGCCGUGAGUAGAGAAAUUGUAGCUGCGGAGAAGGGGUUGGGGGUAGGAGAGGCAAUGGAGUCUAACGCUGAUGGUGACGAUCUAGGCCGGAUGAGACGGAUCGGUACGAACAUGCGUUUCAGCACUACGAUGCGACUGUGGCAAUGCUGA